CAGAAAGUUUAUAAUACAACUCGUUACUUGGUGAAUUCAUAGAAUACUGUCCAAAACUUAAUUUUUGCUUCCGCGUCGUUAGUACUGUAAAAGCCGGCUUACAAUUGCAAGUAGUUGUAAAUAUAAGUGCCUUAAGUGUUUCCCACGAAUUGGAUGCUAUAUAGUGGAUGAUGAGAUAAAAACAACGACGAUGAUGACAAUAAAAUAAAAAAUAAAAAGAGAUUGUCAGGGAUACCAUCGACCUCAACCCAUCGCCAUUCUAUUGAGUUGGAAAAUUUUCUGGAUCUUUCUUCGCAAACUGUUUCCGAUGUCAAUGGCAGCUCUUUAGGCUCUACAUCAUUAAGUGCAAGCCAAAUUAGCUUGCCCCCCCAAGUACCGAACCCUGAAGUAAUCGUUCGAAAAGCCAAUAAAUCUGUAGAAGAGAACGAUAAGGGGAAAUUAUGUUUCUUUAUAUUGAACAAUCGUGACCUGAGCUUGAUUGAAAAAGCUCUAAGGUGCCGUCUAAUAUCACGAGCUGAGUACGAAUUUUUUAAAAAAAAGAGGGAAAGAUUGAUAGAAUCCCAAAAAUUGUACAGCAUUCGUGAAAUAUUGAUUCAAUUGACAAAAGAAAAAAAGGACGGUGACCAAUCCGCAUCCAGUAGUGAUUAAGAAUUCCUCAUUCAAUUUUAUUAUUUCACAUUACUAAUAUCUAUUAGUACAUCUAUUAAACUAUCUAGAGUAUUUCGAUGUUGUAUAAGGUAUAACUUAUUAUAAAUAUGAAUGCCAUGGAUGGAGAGAGGAAAAUUAUAAUUGAAUUUUGUCACUUAUUGGAGAAAUCGAAAGUUCUGUUCAAUGGAUUAAGGGAACUACCCCAAUAUGGCCACAAGCAAUGGCAGUCAUACUUCGGCCGCACGUUCGAUGUUUACACCAAAUUGUGGAAAUUUCAACAACAACACAGGGACGUACUAGAUAGUAAAUAUGGUUUAAAGAGAUGGCAGAUAGGAGAGAUCGCAUCGAAAAUUGGGCAGUUGUACUAUCACUUCUAUCUGAGGACUAGUGAAACUGCUUACCUUCGGGAAGCAUUCGCGUUUUACCAGGCCAUCAGAGCGAGGCGAUACUACACACAUGCAGUUAAAGAGGACAAGUGUGAACUAAUGGUGAAAAAGCUACGAUAUUAUGCAAGAUUUAUUGUUGUAUCAUUAUUACUGAAUAAAUUAAAACUUGUUGACGAUCUUAUAAGAGAACUCGACAAUCAAAUAAUUGAGUAUGGAACCGCGUAUAACGCUGAAGACCAAAUGGAAUGGACUGUAGUUGUUGAUGAAGUUAAAGCUUUCCUUGAUGCCGAGCCAGCCGUUCAGGUUAUGUACAAUGAUAUGCCGGCACCCGACAUGUCUAAUAGAAUCCAUCCCGACCAUACGCCAUACGUUGAAAGAGGACCCCACAUGCAUUUAACUUUACAAGACGUAAUUAUAAUUGGUAGUAGUACACAACAGGCAAAAUUUUCUGAACUCACAAUCGAUAUGUAUAGAAUUCUUCAGAUAUUGGAAAAAGAACCAAUUGGCCCAGCACCUCAGGCCCUGAGUGAGGAUAUUCCUCCUCACGGGCCACCACCAGCUCCACAUUCUACGCAAAGAGGUUACGUGGUCGGGGACAGCUUCCGUCGGGACAAUCCGCACAAGUACUUGUUAUUUAAGCCAACCGCACUGCAAUGCCUGGUCUACCUAGCGAGCAGUUGCAAUGAUUUGCCAUUAAACGGAGCGAUUUUAUUAUACAUUUCGGCGGAUGGCUAUAUCCCGUCUCACAGUCGUAACGCUGACAGCAUCACUGGCUAUGAAGGCGGAGGGUAUAUAACAUCUGGCAAAUUAGAUCCAAAUCGGGAUUCAACAAGAGAAUCCAGGGGACAAUCACAAGAAAGAGGGAGCAGGGGAAAGGAUCAUUAUCUGUUGUACCCUGGCGACAUUUACCCUUUUACUAGAAAACCGUUGUUUAUCAUAGUUGAGUCGAAUUGUUCUGGACUCAUGCAAAAUAUGCCCCGCCAUUUCAAUCAGCCACUUGUGAUGUUAUUGUCAGCUCAAGAACUUCCAGCAAACCUAGCAGAACGAUGUCAUCAAGGUAAUCUCCUAACGUUGUUCCUUAACAAUCCUUUGAUGGGAUUCUGUGCAUCGUGCGAGCUUUUCACAAUAGAAGAAGGUCUACUGGACGUAUGCGAGACUUUAGUCCUCGAUUUUAUGUUCCAGUGUGCACAGUUAAUACUCCGAAUUCGUAUCGAUAUGAACUUCUUCGCUUUCAUGGGCGAUGAGUUCCUUCGAACGAUAAUACUACGGUACCUCUUCUGUGAAUGCUCUCUGCGAUUGAAUAGAAACUUCCGUUCCCGGUCUCAGAUCGUCCAUUCAACGCCUCCGAUGCCCGAAGAGCUGCUGGCAAAUUCCACCCUCGUUUCAAUUAUUUUGAAAAUUUCUGACCAACUCGGAGUUAGGAAUUACUUUUCAGAUGUUUCCGGACCGGGAUCGGGGCCAAGGGACAGUAGGGAUCAAAAUUAGGAACCAAUUUGUGCUCAAUUAUAAUUAACCUCUUAUAUGGAU